CACUGAUGGGCACUGAUAGGCAGCACUGAUGGGCAGCACUGAAGGGCACUGAAGGGCUCUGAUAGGCGGCACUAAUCAAGUGGCACGGAUAGGCGGCACUGAUGAUGGGUACUGAUAGACAGCACUGAUAGGUGGCAAUGAACUGGCAUCACUGCUGGGCACUGACUGGUGGCACUGACUGGCAGCACUGCAUUGAUGGGCACUGGUGGGUGGCACUGGUAGGUGGCACUGAUGGGUGGCACUGUUGGGCACAGGUGGGUGCACUGCUGGGCACAGGUGGGUGGAAUUCUGGGCACAGGUGGGCGGAAUUGGUGGGUAGCACUGCUGGGCACCGAUCGCUGUCAGAGCGCGAGGAAAGUACUGCUGAGAACCAGCAGUUGUCAGAGCAGGGAUCGGCACCGAUCAUCAGGGCACUGAUGAUCAGUGCCCUGAUGAUUGGUGCCCAGCAGUGCCACCCACCAGUUCCGCCCACCUGUGCCCAUCAGUGCUGCCCAGCAGUGCACCCACCUGUGCCCAGCAGUGCACCCACCAGU